UUCUUCAGAACGCGUUUUAUUCAUCCGUUCUUUUGGUUGCGUUUUGUUCCAAGCUGAUUUUGCUGGGAUGAAAAGAGAUGCCUUUUCUCUUCGUCUUUUUUUGUUUGGAUCGGUAAGAGAGCAUGUUUAGUGUAGUGGUGCCAUCCCGCUUGGGCUCUGCCGACUGAAGUUUGUUUACUGCUUGUUCAUUUUGUCUGUAUGUUCAUCAGGAUUAUGCCCUUUUGUAUUUAUUACUGUUUUCGAGUUCUGAGCUUGAUGGGAAAUCUAGUUAGUAAUCUUUUCACGUUUUACGGAUCCUAUUGGAGAAUUGGGGCUAAAGGUGAUUUCUUAUUUUUACCUUUUCAUGGUUCGAGUUACAUGUGGAGUCAUGUAAUUGCUUCUCUGAAGUAUUUUCUCGCUCUUGGAAAGCAUUGAGCAAUCAUCCUGGUGGGCAAGUUGAGCAAAGCUGAAGGCCUGUCCCUUAUUUUGCAAGGGUGGUGUUUAUAAGGAAUCACCCUUCUUCGUUGCCGGUGGACAAACACCAAAAUGGCCCAGCUGUUGCACCACCAGGAUUCCGCGUUCUAUAGCAAGGAAUUACAUGGGUGCCGAUGGGGUAUUCUUCAGUUCUUUGGAUUUCGCCGUCGCCUGCGGUCCACGAAGAUGCUAUCUGACAAUAAACACGGUCAGGGGAAAAGCAGUGGAGGAAGUAAACGCCGAAGCUCCUAUGCUCCAUUGAAAAAUGAAGACAGUGGCAUCAUGGAUGAUGAGACAAAUACUGAAGUUGCAAAAAAACAGAAGGCAUCAAAAAAGAAUUCCGGUAAGGCUAGUUUGAGGUCCUUGAUUCUAAGGAAAUUAUAUGGAAAGGAGGGUCAGAAAGAAAAGAUGCUUCCUGUUGCACCAAAGCUUUUGCGCACCAUUUCAAUACAUUAUCUGGAAAGCAACGAAUAUGUUCUUGAUGGUGAAUCCACUUCCAGUGGUGAUGGCUCUUCACAUAGUACUAAAUUGUCAAUGCAAAAUUCUAUGGACUCAACCUUGCGCCAUUCGACAUCUAGCAUCCCAGAUGGUUGUGAUAGUGAUCUAAGUUCUUCACUGCUCCUAAAAAGAGAUGACAGCCAUGUGAAGCGAAAGAGCCACCGUAGCAUUUCAAUGGAUGGGAUUCUUCACAAGGUCCCUUAUGGAAAGAAGGUGUCUGGAGAUAUAGUCAGUGAAGGUCUCCCCCGAUCAGCCUCUGCUACCUAUGAUAGGGAUGGUUUGAAACCUUAUACUGGUCCUGCUGCAAAGAGGCAUGUAAGUCAAGGUUUUCGGCGUUCACGUUCCCUCAGUGAAUCUUUGGAAAAUUACUCUCGCUUACUUGAUGCCAUUUCAAGUAGUGAAUCCAAAAGAAUACUGACAAGCUCUAAGUCUACUAGGGAUCAUUCUCUAGAUGUCCCAAGUGUUAUGACUUCAUCGCAAAGAGCUUCUGAAAUUGAGUUCCGAUCACAGGGUUUGUGUAGACUAGAUGAAAAUCAAACUGCAGAAGAUGCCUUAGCACCACAUGCUCAAGAGAAAACUGAUGUCGAUGCAGAUGCAAACGUUGCUAUGGAUGAUAUUUCUAGUGAUGUGGUUGCUGGUGAGUCUGAAAAGCCUGCUUUACUUGAAGAAUGCGUCGAUGACAAAAAAUUUGAUGUUGCGGUAUCAGCUGAAGAAGACUCCUGUAUUGUUCCUUCACCUUCAGAAGUUGUUGAUACUUCAGAAGAACAGGCAGCAACUUGUGGUAAUAACGACCAGGUUCCCUCAUCAGCUGAAGUCGAUUUGUGUGCUGCCCAUUCAAUGUCAGAAGAAGUUGACAUCCUGGAAGAACAUGCUGAAACUUGUAAUGAUGCUCAGAUCCCCUCUUCAGCCCAAGCAGAUUCAUGUACUGUUCUACUUUCAGAAGACACCGAAAUUGCAGAAGAAGAAACACCGACUUUUCCUGACAACCAAAUGCAUUCAUUCCAGUUUCCAAAGUCACCAAAAGGUACUUCUUGUGUUCCUGAUCACAGUCACGAAUUCGAAGCUGACAUAAGUCUAAGCUGCGAGCAUGAAUCUGAAAGUCCAAUAUCUGUUCUUGACGUGGCCUUCUCAGCUGAUCCUGCUAGUCUGGUGAAACACACACCGCUGGAUGAUACAUCUCUAAAGCCAAGGAUUCUCCAUUUAAAUGAUGCUGAUGUUUCAGCUGACACUACGAUUGUACAAGAAAGUGGCUUUGAUGAUCUGAAUGGCUUCCAAGUAGAUCCAAGCCACGAAGUUGAGUUUAACUAUGUGAAUGAUAUAUUCAAGAAAUCGAGCUUCUACAAUGAAAUACUGUUUGAUGAAUGGUACUCACAGAACAUCGCAGCUCUCCAAGAAGAGGAUUGCCAACACUACGAGGCCGCAGCAGCAGCAUUUGACUUCACUCAAAUGUCUGCUGAUCAGUUGCUUCUCUUCGAUUUGACAAACGAAGCAUUGCUCGACAUCUACAAGAAAUAUUCUGUCUCCAAGUCCAAAUUCUCCUGGUUCUCAUCUUCGGGCAGACCAAAACCUGUGGGACACCGUGUGCUCAAGGAUCUAUGGUCUAGAGUGAGCUCCCGUCUGGAUGAACGACCAUGGUCCAGCAUCGAAGUCGACACGAUUUUGUCGAAGGAUCUAGCAAAGAGCGACCACUGGAUGAAUUUUGAGAGAGAAGCUGAUCAUAUGGGGAACAAGGUGGCAGACUUUGUGUUUGAUAAGCUUCUGACCGAACUCGUUCUUCAGCUUGCAGAGUUUUGAGUCAAGCUAGUUAUUUUUUGGGGGGAGUUUAGGGUGUUGUGCAAAGGCAUGGAAUCAUUCUGAUGUACAUAUUAUCACAAAUUCUUUUUUGUGUCGGUUGAGGAAAACAUACUCUGGGGGGCGUUGUUGUUAGGUGUUAGGAAUUCAAUUCAUGUGCUGGAAAGUUUUGCCUGUCGGUUAAUAGUAUAAAGAAUGGAGGAGGAAACGCUUUGCUCUACUAUUUGUGUGACCUUGAAAAGGAAGUUUAUUUGUCAGGCCGGCAGAGGGGGGAAAAUUGCAGUUCAUGAAUCGAUUCAGAAAGGUUAUAAAA